AUGUCCACUUCGUCUGUGAUCUCACUCUCAGCCCCAUCGUCCCUCUCGCCCAGGAACGGGUCUGACGUUGUGCCUGGCCCGCAUACCAGCCACGACACCCACGGCAUCCCUUCCCAUUCCGCACAAGACCACAGCUUGCGCAGCUGCAUCACUUGCCGUCGGAGAAAAGUUCGCUGCAACAAGAAAACCCCUUGCUCCAACUGCGCCAAGGCCGGGAUCCAGUGUAUCUUUCCCCCACCAGGAAGGGCACCACGCAAAGUCAAACGACCACAAGAUGCGGAGCUCCUGUCUCGCUUAAGGCGCCUCGAGGGUGUCAUUGAGCAUCUCAGCGAAAAGAAAGCGACCGGUGCUGCGGUGUCAUCUCCUGAUACGCCUUCCCCGCGGGUACAACAGCAUCCUCAAAAUUCACCCGCACCCCCGGCCAAUGCGCAGGCCUCGGUGCCUGAUGGUGAUGGUGAUGGCUGCCCGCUUCUUAUGGAUGCAGCCAAGCUGGAUCCUACCAGGCCGAUAGCGCCGCGGAAUAUUGAGCAUGAGUUUGGUCGAUUGGUUAUCGACGAGGGUCGAAGCCGUUAUGUUAGCAAUCGAUUCUGGGCGAGUCUCGGAGAUGAGAUCGAGGAACUGCAAGAUAUUCUAGACCCGUCGUCUUCGGACGAGGAAGACUAUCCGUCUCCUGAGACAUCGUCAAGCCAUUCGGCCAACCAUGAUGGGUUUUUAUUCGGGUUCUAUUCCGUUUCACACUCACUACACGAUUUCCUACCGCCGAGAUCCCAAAUUCCCUUAUUAUGGAAUACCUGGUUGGAAAAUGUGGCGCCCUUGAUACCAAUCGUUCAUAAAGCAAGCGCCAGGCAGCUAUUCACUACAGCUUCCCAAGAUCCAAACAGCUUGGAUAAGAACUUUGAGGCGCUAUUCCUUGCAAUGUGCAUGGUCGCGAUUAUCAGCAUGUCGCCCAGCCAGUGUUCAGUUCACCUGGGAGAAGAGAGGGAUGUGCUUGUCAAGCGAUACCGGUUUGCAGUCGAGCAGGCGCUUUCCAAAGCGGAUCUCUUGAAUACUCAAAAUAUCACUCUUCUACAGGCUGUGGUCAUAUUCUUGAUAGGCGUUCGUCGAGAAGAUGACACCAAAUUUGUCUGGUCUAUGACAGCGCUUGUUCUUCGCCUUGCGCAAGGGCUGGGUCUCCAUCGUGACGGCACCAACUUCGGCCUGAAGCCUUAUGAAACGGAGAUGCGACGACGACUGUGGUGGCACAUUUGCUUGUUGGACAUCCGGGCAGCCGAGGAUCACGGGUCUGAUGCACAGAUUCAUGAAAGAUUGUACGAUACUCGACUGCCACUGAAUAUCAAUGACGAGGACAUCACGCCGGACAUGAAGGAGCCUCCUAAGGAGAGAGUAGGCUGGACUGAAAUGACAUUUUGCCUGAUUCGCUGCGAUAUUACAGUUGCUGUGCGUCGAGUCAGCUACACUUGUCCGAACGCCCCUUUCAUUUCGGCAACCCGACAGCUCAACCCUGAUAACUGCUCCAAGGUGAUUAGGGCGAUCAACGACCGCAUUGAGGACCGAUAUAUUAAACAUUGUGACAUGAAUAUUCCGAUUCAGUGGGUCUGCGCGACGAUUGGUCGUCUGAUCCUGACCAAACUCUGGCUCGUCAUUCAUCAUCCGAUGACCCGGCCUGAACGAGGCUUAACGCUGAGCCACGCAAAUCGUGAGAGCUUGUUUGCUACUUCAGUGGAGGUGGCUGAGUUCCAGCGACUGCUGGAUGGCGACGUCAAGACGUACAAAUGGAGCUGGCUCUUUGCCACGAAUAUGCAAUGGCAUGCCAUUGCCUUUGUGCUGUCAGAGCUUUGUGUCCGCCCACUCAGUCCUCUUACCGACCGGGCAUGGAAAUGCGUGAGCACCCUAUAUACAGAGUGGAUCAAGAACAGCAAGCAGCGGAAAGGCAUGCUCUGGCGUCCGCUUUCCCGCUUGAUGAAGCGAGCAACCGCGUUCAGAGCCAAGCAAGAGGAGAUGCGCGCGCAGAUGAGUUCCGGCAUAAUUGCAGCUCACGAUGUCACUGCCCCGAAUUGCCCUGGAAUCUCAAUUAUACAGCCCCCAGUCCUGCCCCGAGCACUGGACUUCCAGGCUUCACCAACAACCCAAGAGAAUGAACCCUUGCAUGGUGUGCCCGAGAACGGCGGACUCGAUUUCGAUUUGCGCGACGGACCAGUCAGCGUGAUCAAGGAUUUAUUCCCCGACACGGACUGGCUGAACCCUGCCACAGCAGCCAGCAUACAGCAGCAGGAGUGUUCGGGCGCGUCGAUAGACACGCUAGUGAGGCCGGCGGAGCCGAGCGAGACCCAGCAGGAGAUGCCUAAUGCGAAUCUCAACUGGGAAGAAUGGGAUCAGGUCAUGACUGAUUUCCAGAUGGACCUGCAAGCGUCCAAUACGCAGAAUCCUUUUGGCAAUGCCCUGGACUGGCUUGCUUGA